AUGGCAGAAGACGACAGCAGUGCUGUGGUACAGCAGUCAGUCGCCAUGAACGACGACAACGACAAAACAGCAACAACUACGAUUGCUACUACUUUUACUACCGUGGUGCUUCCGGACGUGGCUCUGCGAUGGGUGAUUUUACACGCAACAACGUCGAAUGUGGAACUGGCCCGGUUGUCCAAUGUGAAUCGAUCGUGGCGCGAUAUCGUCACGACGGUGAUUUUGGAACAGGCCACGUACAAGGCCACUCCGUCGGUUCCAUUGUUACUACUGCCUUCGAUGGCAUCGCAGUUGAUUCGACUGAAUACCGUGUCCCUCGAAGACGAAAAUAGUGCACGAGACAAUAACAAUAACGAUACGACAACACCAGAAGAAGAAGAAGAAACCACCCAUUCACAGUCUCAACAGAAUGUCAUGGACGAAACCUUUUGUGCGGCGUGGUUUGCUCCUGAAGGAAUUCAAUUGUUGGACUUGGAUGCGGAACAACAAUCGUCGGAUGUCGAUCAAGACGACAGUAGUGAAGACUACGGUAUGCCCAAUCAUACUAGUAACAACAAUAAUUCCAGCAGACCACAAAUACUGCAUCGAAAUUGUCGACAACAACAACAACAACAACAACAACAACAACAACAACAGGCACCUCCCAAUAAUGGCAACAGCAACAACAGCAACAACCAUAAAAAGAAUCAUCACACGCGAUCCAAAUCCCCCAAAAUGUUUCUGGCACGACGAGCCCCACCACUCGAACAAAUUCCAGCUCAAGCACAAAUCAAGGCAUGGGGACGUGGCCACGGCAAUAACCCGAGAGGACAACACGUCAAGCUGUCGUUUGAAGAUCAGGGAAUCAUGGUCUCGCACGAAUGGCAGGGAUAUCGACAUGCCAUGCAAGUACUACAUCCCUUUGGAUACGCCGAAGGAUUUGUCAAUUACGUACUCAAACAAUCGUUACUACAAGAUCAAAUGAGACGACGACGACAAUCGACACGGCGCAUGAAGAGUAUCGAUCAAAAUACGACUCUCAACCUGCCCCACGAAGAUGGACCCAAUCAGGACAUGACACAAACCACCAUUGCCGUUCGGGGAGCCACCAUUGCGAGACCCGAAGGAUAUUGUCUCUGUUGGGAAUAUCCUACUACGUCGUUACCACCACAACAACAACAAGUCGAAUGGUCGCGAACAUCAUCCAACAAUAACAACAGUAACAACAACAACAAUCACGACGACAUGGUACAAACCAUCAAAUGGCAAGAACGACAACGCAAACUCAAACAAUGGAAAGAAUGGAGACGACAGUUACAAGUCACUGUAUUGCCGCAGGUACUGGUGCGAAAACCACCCACAUCCAAUGCCGUACUGCAAUUCCUCAAUGCCGAUGAAAAACAUGCCGUGCGGAUUGCGACACCCCAAUUUCAAUGUGGACCCAUUGGAGAACCCAUUACCAUCAUUAUUGUGGGUAUUGCCACGGAAGAUGGAUGUUUCUGUUCCGGACUCAAUCAUCGAUUUGAAGUGGGACAUUUGUAUCCCAAUACGCCCGUUGCCGAAUUGGCCGAAUUGUCACCCAUUUGUAUGGCGACCGAUUCGUGGGAAUGUCCACCACGUUCGUCGCAACAACAACAACAACAACUGACGGCAUCGCAGCAUCAUCAUCAUCGAACGCCAUUGGAACGACAGUUAUUUCCGGACAAUGAGGAUGAUUCCGAACCCGAAUCCGAUGAGGAUGUGGAAGAGGAAGAAGAUUACAAUUCGGAAGAUGAUAGUAGUUCCAAUUUUGGGGACGGUGCCGGUGGUAGUAGCAGUGUUUCCAAAAAGAAUUCCUGGUUGAAUCAAUGCACUUGUAUAUUUCAUGAUACGGCCGAUAUUUGCAAUUUGGCAGGGGAUCACGAUUCACAGCAACAACAGCAGCAACAACUCACACAACAACAACAACCAGAAGAUCCCAACAGCGAACGAUCCGAUUCGCAAACGAUGCGGAUCGAAGAUGAAGAAAGCAGCGAUGACGAAAAUGACGACGACGAGGAAGAUGAUGACGAUCACGAUGCGGAUCGAAUCCUAAGAGGAUCUAGAGUACCGGGAAUGUGGCAUUGUUACUCUUCCGUGUUUGAUGGAAAGCACAGCAUUUUACGUGUGGAUGGUGUGCAAGAAGUCUUGACGGCGUCCAAGCCCAAACACCGAGUGGUGGAAAGCAACAACAACAACAAGAAUGGUGCCAAGGCGCAACGUCGGACGGGGCCUCGAGCCAUGCUGGAUGGUCUUACGAUUGGAUCGGAUCAUUGCUUUGACAUGACCCUGUGUUUUGGCCAAGGAUCAGGAGGAGAAGGUGAGGGAGCCAUUGCAGAAAUCGCUGUCUUUGCCGGGUGUUUGGAUACCACGGAUCUCGAGGUCCUAGAACGAGAACUCAUGACGAAACACGGCAUUCCGACACCUGAUAAGAGUAGGGAAGCAUUGGCGCGAGAAGACGAUUGGACCCGCAACUCACAUGCCCUGUACUGCCAGCUGCCACCGGAACCCCCCGGAUCGAAUCGUCCUCGUCCCAACCAUGGACCGCCGCUGGCAUUUCAGCAAGACCCAAUCCCAUUGCGUAUCAUGACGAAGCAUCGAUCCGUUGCUUGGCAUCAGCACAAUGCCGUGACAGGAGAGGAACUUCGAAUUAAACGAAUUGGGAGUCGGUCAGCAGGUAGUUCCAGCGAUUGGUAA